GAAUGAUGAACGUAGUAGCGCAACACAAAAACUGAAUGCAUCAUCACUGUCAACAACACUCCCACCAGCAUUAAAGGCUCUCAACUCCCCCCACCCUUUCUUCACCACUCUCUCCCCGUUCCAAUCUCAACACUCUCGAGAUCUCUCUCAUCUUCUCUUUCUCUCUCUAGCUCUCCGCAUGCGCAUCGGUUACUCUGCCUAGAUCUUCCACCGCAUUUCAUGGAUCCGGAAUCGGAGCCUCCUGCAUUGUCUUCUCUCUCCUAGGGUUUCGCGCUUCCGUCUAUGCGCCCUCUCUCUUCCUCCUCCGCCUGCUGCGGUCUCCGCCAUGACCGCCGCCGGAAUUUCUCCUGACGAUGCUCUUCGCCGCUCUCGCCUUCCACCAGAGAGAAUGCCGCUCUCGCGCUUCUUCCUCCUUGCUUUUCUCAACUUGCUUUUCUCUUCCCAAGUGAAGUCGUUUUCUCUAGGUUUGUCAUUUGCUUCAUCAGAACAAGCUAAAAUAUGGUUGCUUAAACCUUCUUCUGGACCAUCUUCUGCACCAGUGCCAUCUCCAUCUUAUCAAGGUCAUCAUGUGACUCCAAGACCAAGACAUCAUUAUCAUCACCAUCGGCGUCACAACAUGAGACCUCAUGUAGUGGCUCCACCCCCUUCAAAAGACCAAGCGUGUGGCCAAAUCUGUACUGAUCCGCUCACAUCAACUCCCUUUGGUUCACCUUGUGGUUGUGUAUUUCCCAUGAAAGUCAGACUUACACUGGAUGUAGCUCCUUUUGCUGUUUUUCCAGUAAUGACUGAGUUAGAGAAUGAAAUUGCAUUAGGCACAUAUUUAGAGCAGAGUCAGGUGAAGAUAAUGGGUGCAACAGCUGACAGUCAAAAUCAGGAAAGAACUAUUGUUGAUAUUAACUUGGUUCCGCUGGGAGAGAAAUUUGACAAUACAACUGCAGCUCUGACCUAUGAGAGGUUUUGGCACAAGAAAGUUCCUCUAAAUAGGAGUCUUUUUGGCGAUUAUGCUGUUGUCUAUAUUAUUUAUCCAGGAAUGCCAUCAUCGCCACCAUAUGGAUCCUUAACUGGGAGCGGUCCCAGUCAAAGUGUUGAUGGUAUUCUGCCAGUCAGUGCCAAUUUUGUCAGCAAGAACCAGAAAAUGAGUCUAAGGACCAUAAUCAUCAUUGGUUUAUCUUCCUUUGUACUCUUGCUGGUUUUGGUGGGAGCAUUUUCAAUUAUUUUGAAAUGGAGGAAGACUAGGAGACCAUCAAGUGCUGUUGGCCCUGCAUUCACAUCAUCCCUAAACAAGAGAUCUGGCUUGGGGUCUAUGUUGUCAAGCAGUAUUGCAAGUUCAACAUCAGUGUCACUUAUGUCCACAAUGGCUACUUCCAUUCUCUCUGCUAAAACAUUUUCACUUUCUGAGCUUGAGAAAGCAACAGAUAAGUUUAAUUCAAAGAGAGUACUAGGUGAAGGAGGAUUUGGACGUGUUUAUAGUGGGACAUUGGAAGAUGGAGCUGAAGUUGCAGUUAAGCUGCUAACAAGGGAUAAUCAAAAUGGAGACCGUGAGUUUAUUGCAGAGGUUGAGAUGCUAAGCCGUUUGCAUCACCGUAAUCUAGUGAAACUGAUUGGUAUAUGCAUUGAAGGGCGCAGGCGUUGCUUGGUAUAUGAGCUUGUUCGCAAUGGCAGUGUUGAGUCCCAUUUACAUGGUGAUGACAAAAUUAAGGGAAUGCUGGAUUGGGAAGCACGGAUGAAAAUUGCCCUAGGAGCUGCGAGAGGAUUAGCAUAUCUUCACGAGGAUUCCAAUCCCCGAGUAAUUCAUCGAGACUUUAAAGCUAGCAAUGUGUUACUAGAAGAUGACUUUACUCCCAAAGUUUCUGAUUUUGGCUUGGCAAGAGAAGCAACUGAAGGAAGUAAUCAUAUUUCAACACGGGUGAUGGGAACUUUUGGGUAUGUUGCUCCAGAAUAUGCAAUGACAGGGCAUUUGCUCGUCAAAAGUGAUGUUUAUAGUUAUGGUGUUGUGCUGCUUGAACUUCUCACAGGCAGAAAGCCAGUGGAUAUGUCUCAACCUCAGGGACAGGAGAAUCUUGUAACUUGGGCACGACCACUAUUGACGAGUAGGGAAGGUCUAGAACAGCUGGUGGAUCCAUCUUUGGCCGGAAGUUACAACUUUGAUGACAUGGCAAAGGUUGCGGCUAUUGCCUCAAUGUGUGUUCACCCGGAGGUUACCCAGAGACCUUUUAUGGGUGAAGUUGUGCAGGCACUUAAGUUGAUAUACAAUGACACAGAUGAAACUUGUGGAGAUUGUUGUAGUCAGAAGGAUUCCUCUGCUCGGGAAUCUGAUUUUAGAGGUGACCUUGCCCCUUCUGAUAGCAGUUGGUGGAAUGCGGGAGGAGUAACCCCUCGAUUAACUUAUGGACAAGCAUCUUCCUUCAUCACUAUGGAAUACAGUUCUGGUCCACUUGAAGAAAUGGAUAACAGACCGUUUUCAACUUCAAGCUUGAUUGGAGAUGAAAUGUCUUUACCAAUUAAACAUGGGAAUAGAUCAGGUCCCUUGAGAACAGUCCGAAGCAAGCUGUCCUUACAUAGAUUUACAGGAAGUCGGAGUGAGCAUGGAGGACCUUCUUCCAAGCGCAAUUGGAAUGAUGGUUUCUGGGUUUAAGGCUUGGGUUUUUUUCCUAGUGUUUUUGAAAUGUACAGUUUCUAAAGGGAUCAGAACUAAUGAUUGAGUGACUGAUUUAGCUUAGGCAUCUGAAAUUUCUGCAGUUUUUAUGUUAUGGUUGAAGAGAUACAGGACGUUGACAAAUUUUGAAAUAUUGAUUCAUUAUACAAGGAGGAAGUGUAACUUGAACAGUGUUGUAAAUGCCUUGAAUUGUAUCUCGUGGCCUCAUUCCAUUUCCAUGUCUAUCAAAAAGAACGUGCCAUGUAGCCAAAAUAAGCUCCCUUUCACAAUUCCUCUACUGUAUUUUUACUUAGUAGCGGUAUUUGCAAAUCUAGUGUAAGCAGGUGUAUAAUGGGAAAAAUUGUAAUUUAAUAGUUGUCAUAGCCGUGCGUUUCCUUAUUUACUCAACCUUAUACCUUGUAAGAUUAAUAUAUUAGCUUCAUUUUAUACGACGGAUAUCACUUAGAAGUCGGGAAGAGAGGGAAGUGCAGAUUCAGUUUCAGUCACGAGAGCUUGGAUUUACUUUCUAUUGUCAAUUUGAGAUGGCAGUAUCCUACAGGCUAGUAGGCUACACUUACAGAUCAAAGUCAAUAGGUACGAAAAAUAUGAUAGAUUAGCGUGUAGUUACUAUUUAAGGGUCUUUCCCUUCUUUGCUUAUUCAAUUUGUAGUAAAAGCAUAUUUAAUGCAAGAAUUUAAUAUGGAUUCUUAACUCUGUUUUAGUGUUUUUAUUAUUAUUAUUAUUAUUUAUUUUUUACUUUUGUAAUAUUUAAGAACACAUACUAGUUUUCA